AUGCUUCCAAUGUAAAUUAAUUGCGCAAAUUAGAAGGUUAAAAAUGUUGAUAAUAAUAAACCUAUUGACAACAUUAUUUUAGUUGUAAGUGGAGAAGGAUCGUAAAAGAGAAUGAAAUAAAUAAUUAUCAAAGGUAUAACAACUAUCUUCUCUAAAUCCUUGUUAACUCUACUUAAUAAUACUUAUAAUCCUAAGCAAUUUUAUAGGGAUAAAAAUAGCAAAAAACUCCAAAUAGAAUAGCCUCAGUAAUAAGCAAUGGAUUGA